UAUCUUGUACAGCGAGCAACUCAUCGAACGUCAUCGAUUAUUUCACUUAUUCAAACUUCAACGGACCCAUGAACAUGGUAUUGAUAUCACCAACUCAUAAACAAAUGGUAUCAAUUAAAAGCCACUUUUCAUUUAUGGCUCAUCCUAGAGAAGCCACUAUCAGUUGAAGUGGGCAUCAUUAAUCUAAUCACAUCUGACAAUUUAAAAUUGUACUAUAUUCCCCGUGCUUCUUUCGAUAAUUGCUCAGUCGAUUUUCAAUACUUCUCAUUGGAGGUUCUCCAUCGAAUAACAGCUUGAGACAUGCAGAUGACACUCAAGAAAUACAUCUUGUUCGGCAUCGUUGGGCUUGUUGUUGUGGCUGCUGUUACAACAGGCGUAGUCAUUGCCGUCACUGCCGAUGAUGAAAGAACUUUUCGUGUGGGAGAGACGGAUUUUGAGAUGGACGGUAGUAAAUUCCAAUAUGUUGCGGGAUCAUUCCACUACUUCAGAGCCUUUAGGGACACUUGGGAGGACAAAUUGACCGUUAUGAAGUCAACUGGCCUCAAUGUGAUCGACACUUACGUCGAAUGGGCAACUCAUGAGCCUGAACCGAAUAUGUACGAGUGGGACGAUUUCGCUGAUUUGCCAUACUUCCUUGAACUCACUCAAAAACUUGGUCUUUAUGUCAUCCUUCGACCAGGACCUUACAUUUGUGCUGAGAGGGAUAACGGAGGUCUGCCGUAUUGGCUUUUCUCACAAUAUCCUGGCAUUCGAGUCCGAACUAGCGAUGAAAACUACUUGAAUGCUGUUAGGAGUUGGUAUGAAGUCCUUUUCACCAAAAUCGAUCCAUAUCUUUAUGGCAAAGGCGGAAAUAUCAUAAUGGUACAGGUUGAAAAUGAAUAUGGCGUUUUUGAAGCUUGCGACAAGAACUACAUGUCAUGGCUGAAGAAUGAAACUGAAAAAUAUGUCGGAGAUAGUGCGGUACUUUUUACUGUAGACAUCCCAAAUGAACGUUUCGAAUGUGGAAUAACUGAAGGUGCAUUCGUAACAACAGAUUUCGGAAUUGACAGAGUUGAUGAGAUGGAAUCAAUCUGGCAAUUAGUCCGAAGACAUCAACCAACAGGACCCCUUGUAAAUUCCGAAUUUUAUCCCGGCUGGUUGACACAUUGGCAGGAAGAUAACCAACGUCGAGAUGCUGAUGAAGUAGCUAACGUGUUGCGUCGAAUGCUUCAAGAUGGUGCAAGUGUCAAUUUCUAUAUGUUUUUCGGAGGUACAAACUUUGGCUUUACUGCUGGAGCUAAUGCUUGGGGUAUCGGGGGCUAUCAGGCUGAUAUAACAAGCUACGAUUAUGAUGCCCCAAUGGAUGAGGCUGGAAAUCCCACAAUGAAACUCAUUAAGAUUAGGAAUGUUAUCGGAGAAUUCUUUACACUUCCUACUAUAGAGGUUCCGGAAGUAAAAGUAGGUCGAGCCUAUCCAGACCUUGCGCUUCAUCCAGUGGCAAAACUCUUUUCCCCUGAUGGACAGUUCUUAGUUCAAAAUACAAGAAUUGGUUCGGAAUUGGAGACUUUUGAGAGUUUGAGACAAAUGUCAGGAUUGAUUCUUUAUGAAGCCAAUCUCCCGAAGAUUCGGAUCGAUCCUUCCGUUCUAACUGUAAACGGCUUGGCAGAUCGUGCCCAUGUUUAUCAGGAUAAUCACUUUGUAGGUUGCCUUUCACGUGAAAAUGCCAUAACUAGAUUACCUAUAAACCCGGGAACAGGGUCUCGUAUCAGGAUUCUGGUUGAAAACCAAGGAAGGAUUAAUUUUGACAAGCUCGAUGACAUCAAAGGUAUCCUUGGUAACGUGACAGUACAACAACGACUAGGUGAGGAGGAAGAAUUGCGCAACUGGGACAUUUCGGGAUACCCUUUGUCAAAUAGGGCAUCCAUGAAUGAGUUUGUUCAGAGAGUUGAGGGCAAAACGGUACCUCUACCCAAUCAAAAUGGAGUCCUAACCGAAGGACCAGUGUUUUUCUUAGGCAACCUCAGACUGACAGCUGACAAUAUUGGUGACACUUACUUAGAUCCUUCAGGUUGGGGAAAAGGUGUUUUGUACGUAAAUGGCUUCAAUUUGGGACGCUACUGGCCAGUUGCAGGACCUCAAAUCACCAUGUAUGUUCCACAAUCUAUACUUAGAGUGGGAGACAAUUCAAUCUUGCUACUUGAGUAUCAGAAAGCGCCAAUGCCAACAAUGGUAUCAUUUAAAAGCCAAUCAUUCCUCGACGGAUGAAAUUAACACUUUUUGUGCCAAUCUAUUGUUAUAGAAGUCAAGACCACUGUAAUUCAACAUUUGUUUGAAUAAAAAUACAGAGGAUUUUAUUACAAA